GAGGAUCUGCGCGUGCGUAGUCACAUCACAGUGGAGCAUCUUAUGGCGUGAGCGGAGGAGGAGCGGGCCCGCGCAUGCGCACCACCGGCAGGAUUCUGUCCCUCCAUGACAUCCAGCGGGACUGACUGCUGCUGUUGCGCACACGGAAAGAGGAGCGAUCGUCAAAUACAUGAUCCGCCUAAUCCCUCAACCCUCCUCGAGCUCCAGGACUGCUAGAUAAUAACGCGCUGAAGUGGAAUCAGCAGGCCUAAAGGACGCAGAUACGGAUAUCACGGCAGUUUGGUUACUGUAAUUGAUUGGGAUUUGUCGAGGAUGAGGCUGAUCAAGAGCACACAUGCGGAUGGAGAGCAGAAGCGCGAGCUGCCUCCUCCAUUCAGAAACCCGUUCGUGCAUGACUUAAGAUUCACAUCCAUUCAGAAGCUCCAGAUCGGUUUGAUGACUGUGACGCUCUUCCCAAUCCGGCUCUUCAUAGCUGCGUUCAUGAUGCUGUUGGCCUGGCCGUUUGCCUUCAUCGCAUCCGUGGGCCGCUCCGAGGCAGUGGUGGAGCCGCAGUGCUUAUGGAGAAAGGUGGUGGACGUGGUGCUGAAGACCAUCAUGCGGGUCAUGUGGUUUGCGGGCGGCUUCCACUGGAUCAGAAUUAAAGGCAGAAGGGCUCUGCCUGCCGAAGCGUCCAUCCUCACCCUCGGCCCUCACUCGUCUUAUUUCGACGCUAUUCCUGUCACCAUGACCAUGGCGUCGAUUGUGAUGAAAGCGGAGAGCAAAGACAUUCCUGUGUGGGGAACUCUGAUCAAAUACAUCCGGCCUGUGUUUGUGUCACGGUCGGAUCAGGACUCCAGACGGAAGACGGUGGAAGAGAUCAAGAGAAGAGCUCAUUCAGGAGGAGAGUGGCCUCAGAUAAUGAUAUUUCCAGAGGGGACGUGCACCAAUAGAUCCUGUCUGAUCACAUUCAAACCAGGAGCGUUUAUUCCAGCGGUUCCUGUACAGCCUGUAGUGAUCCGCUACCCAAACCAACUGGACACUAUUACCUGGACGUGGCAGGGGCCUGGAGCAUUUAAGAUCUUGUGGUUGACUCUGUGUCAGCUUCACAAUGAGUUUGAGAUUGAGUAUCUGCCCAUAUACUCUCCCUCAGAGGAGGAGAAGAACAAUCCAGCGCUCUUCGCUCACAAUGUGCGCCGCUUGAUGGCAAAGGCCCUGAAGGUCCCCGUGACAGACUACUCGUUUGAAGACUGUCAGUUAGCCAUGGCUGAGGGUCAGAUCAGGCUGCCCGUGGACACGUGUCUGCUGGAGUUUGCAAAACUGGUCCGGAGUCUGGGGUUGAAGCGUGAGAACCCAGAGAAGCUCCUGCAGGAUUAUGGAAACAGGGCUCGUAAACUCCAGGGCGAGAGACUGAGUCUUGAGGAUUUCGCCCAGUUCCUCAACCUGCCCGUGUCAGACGUGCUCAGAGACAUGUUUGCUCUCUUUGACGAGAAUGAAGACAACUUGAUGGAUGUCCGAGAGUUUGUGAUAGCUUUCUCUGUGGUGUGCCGGCCUGCAAAAACACUGGACACUAUUAGGUUGGCCUUCAAGAUGUUUGAGGCAGAAGAGGAUGGUGCGAUCACAGAGAACGAGCUGAUGUGUGUGUUGAGGACAGCGCUGGGCGUUGGAAAACUCAAAGUCAACCGUCUGUUCAGAGCCAUUGAUGAUGAAGACACUGGCAAAAUUACCUUCGAGAGCUUUAGGGAGUUUGCGGAGCAACAUCCUGACUUCGCUGAGCAGUUCCUCUACUCAGACAAUGCAGGAUUCGGCAGCAGCUCCCCUCCUCACGUCAACGGCUUCUGCGCUGAUUUCAGCCCGAGCGACCACCACGUUCCUCAGAAGAAACUCAACUGAGCCCAUCUUACACAUCCCCAAGAACAAGAGUACGAGGGCGGAGCAUUAUUGCAAAGUUUACCACCUGGUAUCCAUGACAUUUGAUUGGUUACUUUACGCUUGCUGGUUUUCUCUUCCCCUCAGCAUAAUUUCAAUCACUUUGAGUUCGGGAACUUUUCUUAUUAUGAUUAUUUUAAGAGCAAAUUGAAGGGAAUAUUUUUUUUUUUUUUUUUUGGUAAAACAAAUACUUGAAAGCCAAGCACUUAUUUCAUUUCUCAUUGGGUCAUCUAUUUGUGCGAGUGAUACUUGACCGACUGUGCAUGUUCUUUAAAUAUGGGAUGAAAAUGACGCAAGCGAAUAAGUGUAAAUGUCCCAGUAACGGAACGAAAAGGUUUCCUCAGUUGGCUUGCACUCUCUUUUUCAGUCCCUCACCAUCCACAUCUUUUGUUUUCUGUUUCAUGACUGUAGAUGCCUUUAUGAAUUCAUAAGUAAGUAUUUGCAUGGGCUCGAUGCUUGACAGCAGUAUUACUCAGUAUUUGACUAAAUGAUCGUUGAGUGCCAGUGACAGAUAUCUGAACUCUGUCUCCUCCUGCUGGACGUUUAUGAGUAUCAGAUUUGAGGUACAAAAUACGAUCGAUUAAGUGCUGGUCUGAAUCAAAAUGAAUCAGUUUUUAUUCCUUAAUAUUUCGUCCCUUAGCUCAGGGGUGCGGGAAAGUGGCUAACCGUUUGUUUUAUGUGUGUGUGUUUUUCUUUUCAUUCAUCCUUUUGUACAGUAAGUUGCACUGUACUUUUGUAAGUUCUGGACAUCCAAUUACCAGUUUUUCAUCGCGUCUCAAUCAGCUGUUUCAGCUUGGGUUUUUGGGGGGUCAUUUAAUGUUGUUUUUUUUUGUUUUGUUUUUUUUUUUACGUUUUAUUUUAAUUAACUUCAGAUACUGAAAUAAACAGACAAAAUUUUGCAUUUAUAUGGACCAAAUACAGAAUAAUGACUGGUGUAGUUAGAAAAUCAGGAAUCUGAAACGAUGUUAUUCAUAAGAUAUAGUCAAUAAUGGAGUGUUUACCUUUUUGAUAGACAACAUAUUCCUGUAUUUUUCUAUUUUUCACUCACAGAGGCUAGUGAAAAAUUCCAAAAGUCCAAAAAUUUGGCCAAGAAAAGUGGCUCUGUCUGAUGUUUUUGAGUAUAGUUUCUCUCUUAAUGUUUAUCAAGUAAAGUAAAGCAUCCAGUGAAGUCUUCCUUUUUUUCAUUUCUUCGCACAGUCAGUCCAACUAAUGUCGCAUUGAAUCUCUAGUGAAUGAUGUUUUGUGGUAAAUGGACAGUUCAUUCACAAAAAGCUGAGAAUAAAUCUACUGCCUGUGAUUGUUUGAAAACAUCGACCGAAUUGAAUUUUUGAUUUUGUUGUUGUUUUAUUUUAUAUAUUACACGUAAUGAGGCUGAAGUUUUUCUUUUAAAUUUUGGUCAUAAAUUUAAUUUACCACAAAGAUUUCAAAAGUUUAUUUUGCUGAAAGAUACUGUUAAUAUUCAUAACUUUUAUAAGAUUUUUUUUUAAUUUUUUGAUUAGCUAAUGUGAAAGAUGCAGAUUUUAUUUCUUGAUGAGUAUCAGUUUAGUCUUUAGUCUCGGUCCACAGCGUUUCAUGAACAUGUAAUGUUAGACAUCUGCAUUUAUUACAAGAGCCUGAUCCUGGAUCUGUUUGAUUCACACUUUAGUUUUCUAGUGAAAUUUCUCAGACCCUUGAAAGGGCUUUUCAGCUUCACUGUCAGUUCACAACUAAAUUCAACACCAUGGCAAAGCAAUAUUUUAUUGAUGUCACCACCUUUUUUAAAAAAAAAAUACAAAAACAAUUUCUGAUAUGUAUUUUGAAUAUUCCGAAUGCGGGGCAUUUUGUGAAUUUUGAUAUACAUAAAAGAAUUUCUUCUCACUGCCAUGAAAGAUCUGUGAUCUAAAGUGUUAUUUUCAGAUUGACUUGGUUUAACUAGUAUGAUUAGCUCCUUUGUACAUACAUUUGUGAUGUUUUCCUUGGUGAUGACGUUAUGUAUGUAAUUAUUACUGUUACAGUUUCUUUUUGUCCUAUACACAUUUCAUAAAUAUUAUUGUUGGCCUUGAAUUUCAAUGUAAUUUUAGAGGAAAAGAGAAUGUAUUGACAAUCCAUCACAAUCAACAGUCAAAAGCGCAUCAUACUUCAGUAAAUGGCGAGUGAAGGAUCUCGACCCUGAUGUACAGUCCCGUGCACAUGAUGGUUCGAUUCUCCAGCUCAGUCCAGUUCUCAUGGAUUUUCCCCCAUGUUUUCCAAAUUUGAUGUACAUUUAUUUGUGCUGGCACUUUAGAUUUUUAAGCCUUUUUUCAUGAAUUCUCUGACAAAUGUGACGGUAUGCUGGUGUGCAUGUUCAGGUGAUUGGUUAUGAUGUUACAGUGGCUUUGUAUUAAUAUGUACCUAUACAGACCACAGAUGAUACUGGAUUGAGUAGAAAGGGAUUGUGGGUUCGCUCUGAAUCUGAACUAGUUUCUCAUCUUCUCUGAUGGGAAUCAUUGAUUUUCUGUGCGUAUAGAGGUGAAUCUCUUAAAACCUGUCAAGAACAUGUUCAUCUUCACCCGAAAAAACCUUCACAGUGAAGAGCAAGAAGCCUAUAUUUAAGAACAAUUAAGAGUUUUUUGCAUUGUGACAUUUUCAUGACUAUUAAACACAUUUAAUGUAACUGCCUUUAAUUUAUGCUGAUUUAAAUUAAACAAUCAUAUUUUUUUAAUUAUUUUGAUACUGUAAUGAGAAUUAACCAAAACAGUCAAAUGGCUGGAGGGGGAAUGUGCUUUAAUUGUUAUGAAAAUGUCACCAUUCAAAAAUAUCUUAAUAGUUUCUUAAUAUCCAAAUUUUUUCUCUUGAGAUUCAUCCAUACGUAUUGUAAUCUUUGAUGUUUUUGGAUUAUUUGCUGAAAUGGCCAAAAUAUUAUUGAAUGAAAUCAUAUGUAACAAUCAGAAAUGUUUGUUAGCUUCAGACCAGAGCAAUAUCCCAGUCUCCUUUCUCACAAUUGCAGAAGCAGUGAUUUAAGAUGGAUUUUUUUUUUUUUUUUUUAUUCAUCAGUUUUCUAAAUGAAAUAAGGACCCAGCAUCUCUCUGCUGUGUAACUUUUAUUUUUUCAGUGUAUGGUUUAUUUUAAAUACCUCAGAGAAAGACAUGCUCUUCUCUGUGUUUGUAAAGGGUUCUCUAUUUAUUUCUCUUCUGCCCGUGACGGCGUGUCCUACACCGAGCUGAAGAAGAAAGACUGAACUCCUUCAGGUCACGUGUCUUUCUGAUGGCUCUUCUGACACCUGUCCGGCUGACAUAGAUGUUUUAGGUCUGUUUUCUAUUUUGCCCUGACUUUUAUUUUGUAAUGUAUCAAAAGAGUCAUUUUUACAAGAUACCUGGGCUUGUCUGUUUUGACUGCAAUGAAAUGACUUGUCAUUCUGACUCUUUAAUAAAAAGGGACACUUGACUACA